CCGUCGCGAUAGUACGUGCGUUCGCCUCUGACAGUUGGCCGUGUGUACGACGCGUCGCGGGCGUUUGCUGGCUGGCGAAAGCGGGGCGGCGAGUGCGAUGCCGAGGCUCUGAGUCCCAGAGGGCGUCAGGAACGACUGUGUGCGUGUCGUGCCGCGCACGAGUACGCGCGCGUCGACGUGCCCCGCUCGCUCGUUUUCCGGGGGAUCCCCUCGCGCGCGCACGCAGACGUACGGCCGAGUGCAGUAUCCUCAUCCUUGGACACCGCCCGCCCAGCGCCUAGGACAAAGGCGAGACGGCCGGGGCACGCUCGUCGAUACGAACCGCGCGUCGUCCCUUCCGCCCUCCUUUUCACGCUCCAUCUCGUUUUCUUACGCGCUCGGCGUAGCGCGAACCUCGCCACGUAUUUUUAUAUGUGAGGAGCACGGAGCCUCUCUCCCUGCGCUUUGCGCGCGCUCCUUCCGGCCGCUCUCGCUGAGAAACCCCGGGAAGCCUCACGUCCCUUCGCGAGUCUCCUCGCAUUGUCUCUUUCCUGCCGCGGCGCUCGUGAAAUAAAUACGCGUCGCCUCGCGUGCCGCGUCCGCGCGACGAGCGCCUUUCCUCGUUUCUCUCUUGUUUUCUUCCUCACCCCCGCCGUCCCUCCUCCCCGUCCUCGCUUCCUCCUCGAGCACACUCCACUCCACUCCCUCGCGUCGGGACGUCGCACGCACUCCGUUCGCGUCUCCCCACGGUGCGGGGGGGACAUUGGUGUAGUGAGCGCCCUCUCGCUCCUUCCAGCAGCAGUGGCACGUCGUUUCCCGUCGACUCCGUCGUCUAGGAGGGCAGAACAUGGAGGCGAUAGCGAAGCACGACUUCACGGCGACUGCCGAGGACGAGCUCAGUUUCCGCCGGAGCCAGGUCCUGAAGAUUCUAAAUAUGGAAGAUGACAUGAAUUGGUACAGGGCCGAAUUGGACUCUAGAGAAGGACUUAUACCAAGUAAUUAUAUCGAGAUGAAGAGCCACGACUGGUACUACGGCAGGAUAACUAGAGCAGACGCCGAAAGAUUAUUGAUGAACAAACAUGAAGGUGCCUUUCUGAUCAGAAUCAGUGAAAGCUCUCCUGGUGAUUUUUCCUUAUCCGUAAAGUGCUCCGACGGUGUGCAACACUUCAAAGUAUUAAGAGACGCACAGGGAAAGUUCUUUUUGUGGGUUGUCAAGUUUAACAGUCUCAACGAAUUGGUGGAAUACCAUCGUACAGCAUCGGUUUCUCGCUCGCAAGAUGUUAAACUACGCGACAUGGUCCCCGAGGAGUGCUUGGUGCAAGCGCUCUACGAUUUCGCUCCGCAAGAGCCUGGCGAGUUGGAGUUUCGACGAGGGGACGUAAUUACUGUCACAGACCGUACAGAUCAGCAUUGGUGGCACGGAGAAAUCGGUAAUAGACGGGGACUGUUUCCGUCUACCUAUGUCACGCCAUACCACUCCUAGGCCUCAUACGGCCGAGCGCAUAGAGGCCGUUAUUGGGAACAGUGGCCGCCUUAUCCCACCUCUAUCACCUACAGGAUCCGAGUUGCCGCGGAUUUGAUAAACAAUAUUUUACAAACCUCACCUAUCGAAUGGGCCACUAAGGUAUACUGGUGGUCUCGCCGAAAAGUCUUCUAAGUAAACACGGUUGAAACUGAAUCAAACAUAUGUCCCAACACCAAAAUCCUUAAAUACCGAAGAAGAAUGAAACGUCGCGUUUAUUCUAAGUGAAGAAAAAAAAGAGAAUGAAUUGUCAUCGAUAUCGACAUCGAAACAUUCAAGCACAAGGACAUGAUGAUACCUAGAAUUUAAGGACAAUUUGAGUAUUUAAAAAUGUUCGACGAUAUCCGAGGAUCCGAAGAUCUCUAAUAUUGUCUGGGGAUCGAAGAAUCCAAGAAUGCUUUUACGAAUGUCUAGAGAUGUAAAGAUGCCUAAAAGAUGCCUAAGGAUCUAAGGAUUCAAGCAUUUAUAGAAUUCUAACAAUUUACAAUGAUCCUCUAAGAGUUAUCUAAGUAUCUAUAGAUAUCCCAAGGAUCUAAGGGUCUCAUGCGCUGUCUACACCUGCAAGGGGGUUGCGCUUGAGGAUAACCGAAUAUGUAUAUUUUUGCCCCUCCCCUCUUUUUGUAAACCGUCUUUUUGAGAUACCUACUAUCUUUUCUUUACUUAUUGCGUAAAGCACACAACUUCGUAGCAUUAUUGUGUAAUUAUUAAUUAUAUUAUCUUUUAUGUUAAUUAUUAUUGACUAUUAAUGUUAUGUUACAUUUUAUUGAUAACAAUAUAUUAUAUUAAUUAUAGCCGCGUGUGCUUUGUUUACUUGUGCCCAACGAUAAUGAUUAUUCCUUUGGAUCACGAAAUAACGGGCUAUAUUAGUAGCAGCGAGUGCUGCCACUUACAUGGCACGUUAUUUACUUAUUGUAACAAGUGUAGAACGAGUGAUUGGUCGAUCUGCCUGUUCAUUACACGCUAGCGAAUAUGCCAUCCGGGAAACUUUCUGCUCGUACGCUUUUAGUUUUAUCAGUCGACCGCGAUAAGCUCUGACAGCGGAAAUUCGCGUUUCAAGAUCGAUGUCGUUCCGCCGGCUUUAAUAACAACGCUCGCCGUUCGCUCCCCUUUAUAAGUAGGAUCGAAUCGCUGAGAUUAAGCAUUAGAUUCGAGUAAGAUCUAAUAGAGAUUGGUAGAAUGUGAAUCCGGAGAGACUUUUUCAAAAGUUAUCCUUUAAGUUACCCGAGUUUAAGCACGUCUCAGAGUGCAAUAUCAUAUCUCUUUGACUAAAGAAAUGUACAAUUAUUUAAUUGCGAUAGACUGCUAAAGAAUCAUCCAAUUACGCUUCUGAUUCAAUUCGCACAAAUUGAAUCUUAUUGAUAAGCAAGAACAACCAGAUAAGAGACAUGAUAAGUAUAUCACGAUAAGUUAUUCGAAUACAUCUGAUAACGAAUAAAUGCAAUUAGACUCGAAAAAAAACGUGUACUUACUAUUAAUGGAAUGACUGUCAUUUAUUAAUAAAUUAAAAUAGCUUCGAGAAGAAAACCUGCUACUGAUAUACUUUUACGUCAGAAUAUACCAUAUAGCAUGAUACUCUUGGACCAAGCAAUGUAUAAUAACAAUAAUAAUAACUCGAAAUAAAUGUCUGUCCAAGUCAGAUGAUCGCGAGCGACCCCCGUGAGCUGCGAUCUUUUUUGUACGAUCGUUGUUUCUGUAAUAAACUUAAGCUGUAUCCUAAUAGGCGAUUUUUAGCGAUUGGUUACACGUACCAAAGUUUACACCCGGCGUCACGAAUGCUUUUACACCUGAAAAUAGCCGUUAAGUUCAAUAUAUUCUGAUAGAUUAAUUCAUUUUAUUAAAAUAAAAUUUCCUCUUCAAUGUCUUUAGCGUCUUUCUUCAGGUGUAAAGGCAUUCAUGACGCUGAGUGCACACUCUGGUGUAUGUACCAAACAAUCGCCAAAAGUCGCCUUAUAUCGAUCAUAAGUGUCAGCUGAUGAACCGCACGAACAAAGUACACAUCUUAUGCAUGCAAUUGUCAAGUGCAUUAACAUGCGAGAAGUAUUGAGAAGAGGAGAAUGCAUUCGGGACACGUGUUCGCAUAAGAAUGAACUGUAAUUAUUCACUGCUGCUGACGAUGUUCAACACACGGACAGGUGGUUUCUUACGUAGCGUAACAAUGUACAAUGUGCAGUUCUUAUUGAAGCAAUGGUAUAACCAUUAUAAAAUGCUGCUACAAUAAAUGGCGAAUUUCGGA